AUAACGUCAAAAUUGACAAAUUAUUGUUAUUUCGCUUCUCCAUCGAACGAAACAUUAUUUAUUUGUUAGCGUUAGCUAGGAUAUUUUAAUUCACUGUGAAAUAACUUAUUUGGAUAUGAAUAAAUCAACUUGUUAGUGAGUUGCAUUCGAGUAGAGCUUACAUGGCCAAUUUACCGAAUGGCAGGGUUCAGCUGGUAUCUUUCUGAAGGCUUCCAAGUUAUCAUUGAGAAGUCCCGAGAAGCAAAAUGCUCUUUGAAAGAUGUUCAGUUGCGUUUUCUGUGCCCUGACGACCUUGAAGAGGUAAGGUCACUAUGUCGAGACUGGUUCCCUAUAGAAUAUCCUCAGUCAUGGUACGAAGACAUCACCUCCUCGGAGAGGUUCUUUGCCCUGGCUGCCGUGUACAAAUGUCAGAUCAUAGGGCUCAUCGUAGCGGAGAUCAAACCCUACCUCAAACUGAAUGCUGAGGACCGAGGGAUCCUGUCAAGAUGGUUCGCAUCUAAGGACACACUUGUUGCAUACAUUUUGUCUCUAGGCGUAGCGCGUUCGUUCCGGCGCUCCGGCGUGGCCACCAUGCUGCUGGACGUGCUGAUCGGUCAACUGGCGGGGCCGGCGCCGCGCCCGCCGCACGACCACCGCGUGAAGGCCAUCUUCCUGCACGUGCUCACCACCAACCAGGAGGCCAUACUGUUCUAUGAGAAACGAAGAUUCCGUCUACACUCGUUCCUUCCAUACUACUACUCGAUAAAGGGCCGCUGCAAAGACGGUUUCACUUACGUUUACUACGUGAAUGGCGGCCACGCCCCCUGGGGGCUAUACGACUAUGUGAAGUACGUCGCUCAGGCGGCGUGGCGCGGCGGCGGGCUCUACCCCUGGCUCUGGGCGAAGCUGCGGACCGCGCUCACCAUCGCCUGGCACAGAAAUCCCCACAAAACGUAACGUGAAUCGAAAAUGACUUGGAGUGCUACAAAAGUCAUGCCAUGACUGCUGCCAAGAAUUUAAUAAGCCUGUGUGUUCGCUCGAUGUGUCGAGAGUGUAAACUAGCUUUUACAUAAAUUAUCAUUAAUACGUACUAGUGUCUGUUAAAAUAAUUAUAAUAAACACAAAGUAUUAUAGGCGAAAGAACUAAAUAGGUGUUGUAUGGCGACCUGUGAUUUAAAUACAGACAAUUCUGUGUCGACACUUAUGAAAUAAAUACAUUUUGCUAGAAACAAAAAUCUUUACAAAAUUUGUGAUACCGAUUAUGAUACUCUACGAAUUCUACGCUUUUGUGUUCGUAAAACUCGUUUAAAGUAAUAUUGGACUAAUUAGUAGAAUUUAAUGUAGUCAACUAUCUAGAUGUGUUUUAUCUUGAAGUGCAAAUUGUGAGAUCGUGUUCAUUGCUAAGUAAUUUCUAUAAUAGCAACACUAUUUCGAAUUAGUACAAGAUAAUAUUGCAUAGUUGGUUGUCUUCAAUGGUCGUUCCAGUGUAAAUAAAUAGUGUGUAUUAAAAUGUUACUCAUUUUAAACCAAAGUAUUUUAUAUUCUUAAUUUGUUAAUAUGAUUGUGUCGAGGUUGCGUUAUUUUAUUAAGUAUUCGUUUUAAAUUUUACUAAGUGUUCAAAUUGACGUCGUCAAGUAUUAUUUUCCGGACCAUUAUUUUUGAUAAAUGUUUGUGAAAAAUAUAUUUCGUUUUAAAUGUGAUAAUCUAUCAGUUGAGUCCAUUUUAUCAGAAGUAUUCUUAUGUUUGUGGUUAGGUACUAAGGUACUGAGAUUGUGUGAUUGUAUUUUUCGAUAAACUACCUACUUGAGGCUUUUAUAAUUUCAACGACACUCAUAGCACCUAUCAAAUGAUGUUUAUAUUAUGUUAUAUUUCUAUACUUUUAAUAUUAUGAAAAAAUAGUUCUAAUAAAUAUCAUUGUUGACUAAA